AUGAAGCAUCUCACUGUGUCUGAUGGAUCUCCAUCUCCGGCCGAGAGGAUGUGCUGGAGUUUGGUUUCGGUGCAGUUUCUGGCGGUGCUGGCACUGGGGAUCUACCCAAGCUCUGGGCAAGUGCCCUGGGAAUGGUGUCCGUGUCAAUCCCCGAAUCUGUGCAACCUCAUGCCCGCCGACCAUCAGUACCAAGUCGAGGUGAUCAUGUUUGAUCAAGGAGGAACGGAUUGGCAACAUUAUGACUGGUCGAAGAUCACCACAGUUGUUGUCAAUGAUGAUUUUGAUACAAACAUUGUAUGUGAAGCUCAUCAAAAUAAGGCUCGAGUGAUCCUACAAGCAAAGCUAAGACUUGAAAUAUUGUCCAAUCAAAAUCAGAGGAAGAAAUGGAUCAGUUACUAUGUUUUUGUUGUAAAACAUUUUUUUAUGGAUGGCAUCAAUUUGGAUGUGACGCUCACGAUUGACAACGAGUCUGAACUUUACAAUGAUCUAACCAGAAUGGUUAGGGAUACUGUACAAACAUUCCACAAAGAAAUACCAGGAUCCCAGGUUUCAUUUAAUGUGCCCUGGUCUCCUUGCAAGAAUAACCGAUGUUAUGAUUUUGUGGAAAUUGCAAAUGCCUGUGACCUUUUAAUGGUGGCAUCGUUUGAUGUGCAGAGCUUCAUGAUGGACGAAUGCUUUGCAAAAGCAAAUGCUCCCUAUGUUGAGGUUUUUACAGGUCUGUUAAAUUAUAUUAGGCUCGGUAUUGAUUCCAAAAAGCUGAUAAUGGGAGUUCCAUGGUUUGGUUAUGACUAUCUCUGUGAGCAGUACUUUGAGCCUGGAAGAUGUUAUGUGACAGUACCUCCCACUGGAGUUGGUUUCUGUGGUUCUCUCAUUGCGAAGGUGGUCCCAUACAAAGACAUUAUACAGCAGCUGCCCGACUCUAUUACUGGCAGAUACUGGGAUGAUAACCACAAAUCCCCAUAUUAUGUUUACAAGGAAGGUGAAAAAUACCAUGAGGUCUGGUAUGAUGACCCAGAGAGCAUUUCACUGAAAUCAUCUAUCCUGAAGAAGCUAAAACUCCGUGGCAUUAUCUGUCCAGACGGCAAGUGCUAUGAUUACACAUCAAUGGCACAGUCCUGUGACUUUUUAUAUGUGAAGGCCUAUGACAUGCAGCUUGAAAUGUGGGAAGAGUGCUUUGCAAAAGCAAAUGCUCCCUAUGACCAGGCAUUCUCAGAUCUGACCUACAACGGUGAUGUCAUCAACAAACUUGUAAAUGGUGUUGGGACAGAGUUUGGCCACAGAGUCGUGUAUGUAUAA